AUGAGUUUCCACGCCUCUGCUACAAACAUCGAGCUAGAAGAUGGCCACAUCCUCAAAGCCACUCUCUACAACGGCGAGGGCGAGGAAGUCGAGUCAGUGCUGGACCUGAAUGAAAUCAUCGGUAACAACAACGGAUCAUUUGAAUGGGGAGGCGAGAACUUCCAAGAUAGCGCUGAGGACAUUGAGAUCUGCAGCGAGGACAGAGAUGAUGGCGAGGCAAUUCCCGUUCUCCGAGCCAGUUUGGGCAACCUGGAUGGAGAGAAUGUGUCUGCAGACAUCAACUUGGCUGAGCGGAUCACCAACGAGGAUGGCCAUCUGAGGUUCAAUUAG